AUGGCUAAGCUCUUGACCAUGAAAGAUAAAACACUAGUGGAAAUUCUGGACAGGCUUAAGAGCCUAGAGAGCAAAGUUGAUCGAAUUCCUCUCCGGCCCUCAGGUCUCUCCGGUUUUGGACGUUCACUGUCAACCCCUUCAACCAGUACCGAUGUCGAUUCGACUCCAUACGCGUCCUCCUUGCUCCGCCCUCCGUUUCAAUCAAACCCUGGUGGUAGUUCAAGAAGCCAACCAUAUCGACAUACUUCUGCGGCCCAUAAGAUGUUAACAUGGCCUGCGGUACAACAACUCUUAUUGCAAGUUAUGCCGUCGAAUCUUGCAGACUUGAAAAGUUUGGAACAGGAGGGUUCUGCCUUCAUAAUCCGGAUGCAGAAAGGCACAUCAGAUUUACCACUAGAUGAGGCUCUGCAGGACAGGCCUUUUGUAGGCAUGCAAACCCAGGCAACAAGGGCUGCGGGAGGCGCCAGGGUCACCUUUCCAAACUUGACCCGUGAAAUGAUGCAUCAUUUGGCAACAGCGUACUUCGACACGUUUAAUCUUUUAUAUCCAUUUAUGGAUCGGCAGAACUUUAUAUCGGAUACUCUUUCAAGAGUACAAACAGAAGGCUUUAAUGGAGAUACGGACUCAGUGAUUGCGCUCCUGGUAUUUGCUCUGGGGGAACUAGCCAUAGAAGGAUCCCGUGGGGCUCCUAUUGAAGGGCACAACGGCCGUUCAAGUGGAGUAAGAGGCGGGUCGGCAUUACGGCCACCGGGCCUUGCUUACUUUAAUGAGGCUAGAAAACGUAUUGGUUUUGUCCUCACCGAGUGUGAUCUUGAAAAUGUUCAGAUAUUUUCCCUAGCAGCGUGCGUCGACAAUCCUCGUCCUCAAACACAUGAGACAAAAGUGACUCACGAUAUUUCAACAGACUCUAUUACGAAUGUUGUUCCCACCAUGUGCAAUACAAUUGAUUGGGAUUCGCCUAGAGGCCAUCUUACCAAGCGUGCUUAUUGGCACUGCGUGUUGAUGGAAACGGGUCUACAUCUCGAACUCGAUCUACCACUUACUGGCAUAAUUGCGUUAGAGGAGUCCAUAGGUUUGCCUACCUUCAACGGCCCGUUCUGUGAAGCAGACGACCGUGGCAACCAAUCCUCACACUUCCACGCCCACUAUGCUUCCCAAAUUGCACUUCGGCAGUUGUGCGCUGAGCUUCACGAUAAUAUCAAUGAUUCCAUGACAAAUACCCAAACAGAUCCUGCUUCAAGCGAGCCUUUUCGCGAACUAACUGCUGGUUCUUUGAAACAACUCGCAUCACAGUUGACGCAGUGGCAUGGAAUGCUCCCUCGGGAGCUUCAGUGGAAGGAAGAUGAUCCUGCCAGUUUCCCUUCUCCCCAGCCAUUCAACUUUCCUGGAUCAAACCAAGCAGUUGACCCAGAAUUAGCGCCACAACCGCAUCCACCCCGCCGGCCCCUAUUUUCAACGGAUGUCGAUAGUGAACCCGUGCAAUAUCCUUAUCUUUAUGAUAUACAGGUAGCUUUCCUAAGGACAAAGUAUUACUAUGCAAAAUAUAUGAUCUACCGGCCAUUUGUUUACAAGGCGUUGCAUUUUCCGGAUCUGAUGACGCAGGAUGAUGCCGAGGGAGUCGCGGAAUGCUUACGGGUAUUUGCUCACCCUUGGCCCUAA